CAAAUAUUGUCCAAUCAUGUUCUUAAUUUAUUUCUUACUUGAAGACGCAAGUCACUCCCCUCCUCCCAAUUUCUCUUUGCGUUCUCCAUCAAUUCCACCAUUAAAAGCAAAUCAAACAACUUUUACCGCAACAAAUAAUUCCCAAAAUUCACCAUUUGUACUAUUUAGCUUCCCCUUUUUAGCAAAAAAAUCAAGCAAAAAAACCAUGAAUUUGAGCUCCAUUAAUGGCGUUUCAAAGACUUUCUCUGAUUCAGAUCAAUCCUUAGAUACACCCACUUUUCGCUCCAAAAAAAAGGGUACAAAGAAAAAGGGAUCCAAGAUUUCACCUUGGAAACGUUUUAAAGGAUUGGGUUUUCUUGUUGGAUUAUUGGGUUUGUUCUUCUUAUUCAAUUGGUGGAUGCUUUACCGCCUUAAUUAUUCUGGGUUUGGCCCCAAAAUUACUUCUUCCUUGAAAAAAUCUCAGCCUUCAGUUGUUAUUAAGGAAGAUCUGAGAGAGAUCACUAGAUUGAAAAAGCCUCAAAAAACACCAUUUGGAAGGUUGUUGAAAUUGGCAGCCCAUGCUUUGGCAGAGGGCCAAAAUAAGCCAGAGCCAAAGGGUUUGUGGGAAGAGCCUUAUGACCGUGCUUCAAACUGGAAGCCUUGUGCUGAAGAACGCGAUUGGGAACCUAGUGAAGGAAACAAUGGAUAUAUCAUGGUCACUGCUAAUGGUGGGUUGAAUCAGCAGAGAGUUGCGGUAUGCAAUGCUGUUUCUGUAGCGCGUUUACUUAAUGCAACUCUUGUUCUACCUAAAUUCAUGUUCAGCAGUGUCUGGAGAGAUAUGAGUCAAUUCGGCGAUAUCUAUCAGGAGGAGCAUUUUAUUAAUUAUUUGAAACCUGAUAUUCGGAUAGUGAAGGAACUUCCGGAGGAACUGCGGUCUCUAGACCUGGAUGCGAUUGAUAGCGUGGUGACUGAUGAAGACAUCAUGAAGGAGGCUAAACCAAGUUUCUAUCGCAAAAAUAUUCUUCCUCUCUUAUUGCGAAACAAAGUCAUCCAUUUUCUUGGAUUCGGAAACCGCUUGGCAUUUGAUCCAAUUCCAUCUCAGCUUCAGAGAUUACGAUGUAGAUGUAAUUUUUACGCGCUGCAAUUUGUUCCAAAGAUUCAAGAAGCUGGUGCAUUGCUUCUUAAAAGAAUGAGGCAAAACUCGUCAUAUGCUGGACCAUUGGAUAGUUAUCUUUUGGGCCCAUAUGCCAAGAAAAUGGUGAAGGGAAAAAAAGGCCCAAAAUUCCUUGCAUUGCACUUGAGAUUUGAAAUUGACAUGGUUGCUCAUUCACUUUGUGAAUUUGGUGGGGGUGAAGCCGAGCAAAAGGAGUUGGAAGCGUAUCGCCAGAUUCACUUCCCGGCAUUAACACAUCUCAAGGAAAACGAAAAGUUACCUUCUCCUGAUGAACUGAGGUCGGAAGGUCUUUGUCCGUUGACACCUGAAGAAGCAGUGCUUAUGCUUGCUGCUCUUGGUUUCAAUCGUAAGACCCAUAUAUUUCUGGCUGGUGCUCAGAUAUACGGAGGACCAUCAAGGCUGGCUUCUUUAACUAGCCUGUAUCCUCAUUUAGUUACUAAAGAAAAUUUACUUUCACCCGCUGAACUUGAACCAUUCAAGAACUUCUCGUCCCAGUUGGCAGCACUGGACUUUAUAGGCUGCACAGCUUCGACAGCCUUUGCGAUGACAGAUUCUGGGAGUCAGCUGUCAGCUCUAGUGUCUGGUUUCCGAAUGUACUAUGGGGGAGGACUAAUGCCAACAAUACGUCCAAACAAACGCAGACUUGCGGACAUCUUUAUAAAGAAUUCAACUAUAGAAUGGAAGGUAUUUGAACAGAGAGUGAGGAAGGCAGUGCGGCAAACUAAGUCAGUUCACAGAAGGCCAACUGCGAGAAGUAUAUAUAGGCAUCCCCGUUGUAAAGAGUGUAUGUGUUUAUCGGAAUAGGGUGUCAUAGUACCAGUGAUAGAAUGGCUGUUGUAUAUUAGCCUUUUGCGAGGUUGUAUCGUCUGCCUUUGGUUUUUGCGUAGGUUGAACGUUAUGCUAAUCGUCUUUACGCUGAUAUUCUAAGCGUAUUGGAGGCCGGAGGACAUUGAUGGCUUGCAUUUUGGCAAGCAGCGGCUGGUAACUGUAUUUAGUUCUUGUGUUGUACCAUUCUUUGUAUUAUGUAUUGAUAAGUAAUGCCAAUUCUUUUUGAUACCAAUUAGUGUUGGUCUCUUUUCCUUUAACUCCUGCUCAUCUGGGGUAAUGAUAGUUUUUGACUUGAAAGGUUCAUGGAAGCACUUUCCAUAUGACUUCAAUAUUGAAUUAUAAGUGAAGCACUUCGGGGCACAAAGCAGUUUUACAGUCACUAACAAGGGUAAAAUUAUAUACAUUUAAAUCCUUAAGUCCUGCUUAGAUAAGAGUCACUUACAGCCCGUUUGGUUAGUAGUAUUAAAUGGUAAUAAUGAGAAUAAUUUUUAGUGUAAAUUUUCAUUAAAAGUUCCAUAUUAUUCCCAUGGUAAGGAAACUUUUUGGUAAUGAAACUUUGAUCACAAAUUUUUUUUUCAUAAAUUUUCAUUAUCUCCUAAUAUUACUUCUUCCAAUGGUAAUGCAUUGAAAUGAACUUUAUGAAGAAAAUAAGAUAAUUGAAGACAGACAAACAUGGUCAAUUGGUCAUAAAGUAAUUUAGAUAUUUUUCAACCAAAAUUACACUAGUUUUUCAUUCUCAUUACCACCAUUUAUUACUACUUACCAAACGGGCCGUUAAAGUCACAAGAAUAACGAAAAGUUCUACAAAAAAGUUUGUACAAACAGACUCAUCAUAGGAUCAGAGGACCAACAGUUCAAAGUAGAGAUGUUUAAAACAAAUUCGACAAUCCGAUAAAUCAUCCGAUCUUGUAGACAAACCCGAUUUGAUCCGACUUAAAAAUGAAUAAACAAUUAUGUAAAAACCAAUGUG